AUGUCGAGCGAAAGGACAAGCCAAGGUCGCAAAAAGAUUGUGAUAAAAAAGAUGAUCAAUGAGAUCCACUUGCAAGUGACUUUCUCAAAGCGUCGUAGUGGGCUCUUCAAAAAAGCUAGCGAGCUUUGCACUCUUUGUGGUGCAGAUGUUGCACUCAUUGUAUUUUCUCCUACUAAGAAGGUGUUUUCUUUUGGGCAUCCCAAUGUUGAUACGGUCAUAGAUCGUUAUCUCUCGCUUGUCCCACCUCAAAACAAUAGAACCAUGGAAUUAAUUGAGGCUCAACGUUGCGCCAAUGUGCGCGAGCUCAAUGCUCAGUUGACUAUGCUCAACAACACACUGGACCUCGAGAAGAGGCGUAGUGAUGAGCUGAAUCAUAUGCUCAAGAUGAAUCAGGCUCAGUAUUGGUGGGCUUGUCCCAUUGAUGGGAUGAACAAGGUUCAACUUGAAAUAUUCAAGAAAUCUUUGGAGGAUUUGAAGAUACUUGUUGCUCAACAAGCCCAACGGGCUCAAUUCUUUGAGACACAAUUCUUUCAGAAUCCCUUGUUCCACCCUGAAUUGUUUGGCUUCGACAAUAUGGGAGGCCAAGGAGGAUAUGAACCCUCUGGAUUCUUUUGAUCUGAGGGUAUAGAUCCAUCUUAGAUGCCCUUAAUUGUUAAAUUAUAUUUUUAGAGUUUUGUGUGUUCAUGUUGUUUUUAUUUAACUCAAUUAC